AUGUUUGGAAUAACAAGUGAAUCCACAACAUCACCACAAACGUCUUUUCAAGUCAGCGGGGGAAGAACGGCAGUGGUAGAACAUCAACAGACGAAAAAGCAUAAAGCCUCUGAUUGGCCGUGUGGGUAUGCCCUCUGUCACCACAUUCUUCAACAAGAGCUGAGCACCUCUAUACUUCACUAUGAAUUGAAAACAGAUAUGACAAAGUCUGGAAACCGACGGCUGUAUUUUGAUACCCAUGCAUUGGUUCGACUCCUCGAAGACAAUGGCUUCACCACUCAGCAAGCUGAGGUAAUUGUCAGGAUGAUGGUCAGGACAACACACUCCAACAUGGAUCUAAUCUAUAAUGACAUGGUAACCAAAGUGCAGCAGGAGAUCAUGUUGCAGAGGGUGUUUUCCCAAAUUGCAUCGGUGAAAAAGGACAUGAUUAUCCUUGAAAAGAGUGAGUUCUCUACUUUGCUGGCAGAGAAUGAGAAAGUCAAGGUAGAGCUACUGCAACUGAAGGUGCAACUGGCUGAUGUGAUGAAUAAAGUCCGCUUUGACAAUAUCUUGGAUAUGAAUUCGGAAAAAAGCAGCAUGAAAGAAAUGAAAUCAGAGCAUGAGAAGAGACUCAUGGAAAGUCGGACCGAGAUAAUGGAAAUGAAUGCUGAGCAAAAUUGUCAUUUGACUCGGUCCAAUAUGAAAAUCGACACUGAAGUGGCAGGGUUGAAAACCAUGUUGGAAGCUCACAAACUUGAUACUAUCAAAUACCUUGCAGGUUCAGUCUUCACUUGUCUCACUGUGGUUCUCGGAUUCUAUCGCAUCUGGAUGUGACUCCGGGGAGUACAGGAAGAGCUGGUCAUCUGGACCACUGUAGCUCAAAAAUAACCCAUUUGAACUGCCACCAUUUUGUGUUUGAUAAAUAGUCAAUCGCUAUAGGAACAAACAACCACUGGCUGAUGGCAUGAAGACAGAGCAAAUGCUUUGAUGUUGAUUGACAUUUCUGAGGACCAAUGACUUUUGAUUUAGAAGAUGAAGCCAGCAGACCAUGAAAUGCGAAAGGCUGCACUUGUAAACCACUAUCCAACAUUUUUUAUAGGAUUUUUAAUUGGUUGUGUUUUCAUAGAGUACCUUACAAAAUAAAUGACAUGUAAUUUAAAGAUAGAAUCCUGACAUAUGUAUUUGUUUGUACAUGCACUGUUAAGCAAGGAACCUGUGUAUGUUGUGUUUGAGAAGUAGGUUGUAAAAAUGCAGCGAUAUAUA